AUGCCUCGCUCAAGCACAGUCGCCGCCAGAUGUGCUGCGCUAAAUUCUUCCAUCGCCCAGGUGAUUCCAGACAUCAGCAGCUUCGCCAGACAGGUGCGCGAAGCCAGAACCGACCUGAACGCUAUCAACAAUGAUCUACAGAUCACCAGGACCGGUCUCGGUGUUGCACAGGAUGACUUCUCGACCUUUGGGUCCAAACUUCCCACCGCGCUCAUCCAAGCUUUUACUCAAAUCUUGGACUCCAGCGACGACACCAGCGAGCGUUUGCACAAGUCAUUCCUCAAGCUGUCAUGCAGUACCUCGCCAAGAGACGACUGGCGCAUGCUGAAAGUCGGCAGCCUCGUGACUUUGCGGCAAGAUCUGGAAGCCUCCAGGAUUGUGCUCGACCUUGCUGUCGAUUAUCUUUCGUUGUUUGGUCGCACUGACACCAUCGACUCGCUUGAUUCACUUAUCGAGAGCUAUGUUGGUGAUCUGACCGCGUCUACCGAUGAGCUUCUGAAGCGAACCGACAUGGAGGAGAUCCACGUCAACCAGAUUGCCAGGGAUAGGCUCAAAUCACUGUUACAAGCAGUCCGCCUUCUCCGAUCAUGCAUCGUAGCUAUGUCUAGGGAUGGCGCAUCUCCUGUGUCUAAGCCGGACAGAAGGACCACCACACCAAGACCUGAUUCACUGGAACCGGUUUUAGGCGAGUCGCGACGCAGUGGAAGUGGGAGGAGCACUCCCCCCGAGGUAAUUACAGGAAACAAGGUCUCUGACAAGGGUAUUGGCGCAUGGCUCGCAGAUGUCCCUUGUCACCAGGAAGCGCAGCCGUUGACACACUCCAUGAUCAUCAAGGUCACUAACGACAGAUCACACUCUCGAGCGACAUCCCACAACACCUUUGCGCCCUCUCACGGUACCUUUUACACGGAUGACGGCGUCUCAUCCGGCCGUACUCUGGUCACACCCGAGUUGAGAGAUUCUAAGCUUAAGAAGUCGCGAAGCUGGUGUUCAGAAGCAUCAACUCGACUCGACGUCAGAAUGAAAGCAAGAGCAAAAACAAGACUAGCCCAGGAGUACUCGCCGACAGCGUCAAGCUCCGAUAUUUCCGUCUUUUAUAAAAGAAUCACCUCGGACAAGAUUGCUGUAGCUAAAGGGAAUCGAAAGGACUUGGACAUCGACUCACGGAUAGGUGUCGACCGUAUUCUUGCCAACAUUCCCUCCGAUGCCACAUCUGCCGAAGUCGAGCGCGUCCUCUGGGAAGGCGCCAACCCCAUGGUUGCACAUCCCGAAUUCGGCUUCUUCUUUAUUCGCGCAGCCCAUGACAUGUCGUCAGAUAUCCUGCGGGUACUAAUGGAAUACGGCGCCGACAUCACACGUACAACAUCGAACCACUACCACUCCGCCAUGCAUGCCGCGGUCCUCGGCCGCCAGCUCGAAAUCGUGAAAAGCCUUACAUCCCUUGGUCAUUCUAUCGACGCCACCAACACCCUUGGCGAAACCCCACUCCAUCUCGCCGCACGCACACCUGGCGCAAACGAGAUUGCAAGGUUUUUGGCAGACAAGGGCGCAGACGUUAAUCAUGAAGCGAACGAUGGGAACGCCCCGCUACAGAUGGCGCUCAACGCGAAGGGGCUGGAAGGUCGAGAGAGAAGCUUGAUGAUUGAGUUGCUGCUAAGUCACGGGGCCGAGGGGCAGCUUAACCGAGAUCUAGAAGGCAGGAGGAGUAAUUCAAAGGGCCUGAAGGUGAUGGGUAUUACUUGA